AUGGCGGACGUUAGUUCACCAAAUCCAAGUAGUGAACCCGAAAAACCUACCAUAGAAUCGUCUGAUUCGUCUGCUGCAGAGUUGCAAAAGAGAAUUUCAGAUUCUUUUGAUAUAUUUGAUCACGAAUCUAACAAAACUGUUGACGUUAGGUAAGAAAGUCACAAUAAUAUUUCAUAUCUAACUGGCACUUUCAUUUGACAAGUUUUUAUUUUUCUAAAUAUCUAACUGUGAUCUUGUACAUUUUAAGAGAGGUUGGGACGAUUGUAAGAUCUUUGAGGUGUUGUCCUACUGAGGGAGAGCUUCAUGACAUUUUAGCCGAGGUAUGUGAAACACUGAUUUUCUUUAUCUGGGGUAAGUUUCAAAUGAGAGUGAUUAGAAAUAUGCCUAAUUUGCCUCUUUCAAUGAUGUUGAGGUUCUAUGCUUAUUUGUUAUAGGUAGAGGAGGAAGAACCAACAGGAUACAUAAGAUUUGAAAAAUUUGAACCUGUUAUGUUAAAAACUCUUCUGGAGAGAAGGUAACUUAAGGAAUGUUCUAAAAUUGAUGAAGUGUCAUAUCUAUUUUAACUCUUGAAAUUAACCUGUUCCUGUUCCUUUUCCCACCAGGGGAAAGAGAAGAUUCCCCUUUUUGGCUUAGUCCACACCCAAGUUAAUUCUCAAUUAAAUUUUUGAUAGAUACAAACCAGCACCUGAGGACCAAAUAAUGAAAGCAUUUGAAGUUCUAGAUCAAGAAAACAAAGGCUACCUUACUACAGAAGAACUUACAAAAUACAUGACUGAAGAAGGUACACCGAGCUUUAAAAUGGAGUUAGUAGUUGGAACAUCAUGUUUUCACCUUCCUGUUUUGUUUCCCAAGGAUAUCUGAUUUGUUUGUUAUGCUUAUGUUUGUUAUCUCACAGAUAACAAGAGUGUAGAUAGGAUUCUCCCAUUGGGGGUGGGUAAGGGGGGACGGAGCUGUGCGCUUGAGUCUUACUGUCAUUGGGAAAUCAUUAGUUUGUACAUAACCUUGCUUGUGCCUUUAUGGCAUUAUGGGUGCACAUGGUCAAAUGCAUCUUUUGACCUCCCCCCCUCAACCACACUCUACUUAGCUCAAUUGGCAGUAACACCCAACUAGUAUCUGGAGGGGAAGGAUUCAAAUCCUGUCAAUCAAAGCCUGUGUUUUUUCAAAUGUCUUAAUGCAGUCCUGUGAGGAUCAUUUCUGUACUUGUACAUUAAAGAGGUUUUCAAUUGAUGACUUGCAUCAUCUUUUAUAUUCACAACAGGUGAACCUUUCACACAAGAGGAAAUGGAGGAAAUGCUUUCUGCUGCUGUUGACCCAGACAAAGGGAUUAUAUUUUAUAAGGAUUUUGUUUCAAUGAUGGUAGUAGAUGACUUGUAACAGGACAGAAUUGCAGAAAUUUCAUUAAACUAUGCAGGGUUGUUUAUUUUCAUGCUAGUUUUGCAUAGAUAGCUGAAGUUUAAAUUAUUGUGUGAUACCAAAAUGCCAUAGCUUCUCGAAGACACUUCAGUUUUUUUUAAGUUUGACUGAUACCAAAAGGAUUUUUGUCUUUGUCUUGAAUAAAAGGAAAAUAUGUACCUAUACUACAAG